AUGUCUAUGGUCACGCCCAGUUCGCCGAAUACUCGCCGAAGAAAUGGACGACCGCACGCCUGCGGCCCAUGUCAUCGGCGCAAGGUUGCCUGCGACCGCGCUCGCCCGGUCUGCAGCAGCUGUCGCAGACGGAGAAGGCCGGGAGAGCCGUGUGAGUAUGAGACCGAGGAUUCCGAGCUGCCUGCGUCGACAAGUCGGCAGCGGGCAGGACGAAAAACGAGGAGUGCCUCUCCUACCUCUGCCAGUCCCGAAACCCAGACCCGCCAUCGCUCCACCAUCGGAACUCGGGAUCGAUCUGAGCAGGAACGUAAUAGUCCUGAUGUGAACAGUCCAGUCGAUGCGCAGUCCCCUGGUUUCCUUGGAUUUACUUCCUACCUCGGCAUCUACGAAGAAACGCGGGACGCUCUGUCGCCUUUCCAACCCCAACUUACAAGCAGAGCACGCAGAAGCGGUAUCAACACAGCCAACACAGAACCAGAACACAAACGCGUGUCAGAUGCAGUUCUAAAGACAUGCGUUUCUGUUCUUCAGAGUAUCCCUCGAAGAGAGGAUGCACAAGUUCUAUUCGGCUCCCACUUCAACGAGUGUGACAUUGCUUUCCAGCUAAUUGCGCCACGCGCCCUCGACCGCUUUUAUCACCACUAUGGCAGGCUAUUUGAGACGAUGGAUCACAACGCAGCGAAGCUGUCUGACUUGGCAGAGACAAUUUGCAUAAACACGUCAAAAGUCUUCGUGGAAGACGAGCCGGACGGCAACCGCUACAUCGACCAGUUUUCAGGAGAAAAUACUCGCUGGGAGACUCUGGGCUUGCUGUUCGCGUACUGGUUUCUUGGUUCGCGGGGAGUCAAGAACACACCACAGACAGUGAAGUCUGCAGUAGCCUUGAGGAAAUGUCUCAACGAUUGCGUUCUGCUCGCCAGAGCCACGGCCUCGAAGGCAGGAAAUACGUUGUCGGUCUAUCUCCAUUACAAGCGGGGAAUCGUUGACUCUGUCGCUGAUGGCGAUGCCAGUCUUUCGUGCUGGCAAUCCCACGGAGAAUGUGUGACUCUCUUGACAUCUCUCGGGCUUCACAUCGACGACAGCGCGCCAAACCAGCCAUACGUGCCAACCCUCGCGUCAGAACUGCGGCGAAGGUUGUUUGGCCACGUCUUUCACAGCGACAAAGCAGGGUCUACCUUCACUGGUCGUCCGCCUCUUCUCUGCGGCAAGUUUACCUCGACACCCUUGCCACUUGCUCUCAGGGACGAGGACUUGUUGGCAGACGAGGAUACCCGAAAAGUGGCGGCAGCGGCCCUUGACAGCCAUGGGUGGAAUAGAGACGGCACUCUUCCGCCCGUCGGUAACCUGCGCGCCCGUGUGUGCUUCUCCAUGAUCCGUGACGACAUAUUUGAGAUCGCUCUGGCAGUCAGACCCGUCGCAGUUCCAGCGCUACAAACUCUCAUGGGCAUCAAAGAGCGACAGCUGCAGGCUUAUGCUCAGCUGCCGUCAGCGAUGCGUUUGAACACCGCGGAGGUGAAGAAUUCGACGCUGAACGACGGUACGCUUUACACGCUGAUGGUUGUGCACCUGGAGCACCUGCAAAAUCUGUUCUUCGUUGAACAGCUGCUCUUUCGUGGGGGCCAUACAAACAACGAUGACCUGUUGCGAGUUAGCUUCGAGAUGGUGUCAACUGCCGUCAUGUUCUGGACCAACAUGGAUCGGUUUACCCCGUUGCAUUGGGACUUCAUGUGGCUGGUAAUGGCGUACGCCGCUCCGGGCGGAGGUGUUCUUUGUCUAGAGCUUCUCCGGCCUACACCCACCGGCGACCCUCAAAGCCCCAAACCCUCCCGCUCCAAUAUCAUUCAACAGCUCAGUCUGCUGGUUGGUUUCCUGUCCUGGGUCAAGCCCUCCGCUCCGAAUGCAGACCUCUGCGCCGACUGCAAAGUCGUGAUCCAGCACGUACUCGACCACGCACUGAAUGACACAGGCGGCGUUAGCAACGCUCUUCCCGUAGACAUCUCUAGCUGGGAUGUGUCCGCGCAGCUGGACUUCAACUUUGAUCUCAUGGACACAUUUGACUGGCUGCGACCGGAUUUUACUUGA